AUGUCAAGGUCAAGCAAUAGGUCAUUCUCAUACUCUGACAGAAAUAAUAAGAGUAUGAAUAUGGAAAGUGAUGUUGUAACUAUGUAGAGAGAAAUUGAUACCUAUACACGUAAAUUAGAGCUGGAAAAAAAGCGUUUAUAUAGUAUAAGUCAUAUGAUCAAUUAAGUUAAUAAGGAAAGCGAAGAAAGAAAAGAAAGAAUAAAAGAAAUGAAAAAAAUAUAAGAAAACUCUAAAAACAAAUAAGCAACAAGCCAUAUGGUAACACUUAAAAAAGCCAUCGAUUAAUACGAGAAGAGAAAAGACCAUGCAUUAGACAGUGUUGAAAAAGUAAAGCUUGAAAUAGAUAAUUUAAGAAAAUAAAGAAUGCUCUGUAUAGAGUAAAUUGAUAACUUAUAAAAAGAGAUUGAAAAAUCAUACAAUCAAACUGAAUAGUUAGCUGAAGAAAAUGAUAGAAAAGCUUAAAAAUCAGUAAUGAAUUAGUAAUAAAUGUAUGACCUUAGAUAAAAGAAUGAUAUGGAUAAAGAAACUUAUUAAAAAGAAUUAGAUUCACUUCAGUAUAGAAUGAAGGAAGAGAAAGUAAGGAGAGAGAGACUAAAUAAAAGUAUGAAUACUCAUAAUAGAAUCGAAAGGUCAGGAGAUGUAUUAAUAGAUACUUUCGAUACCUCUGGAGUCCUCAAAAGAAGACUUUAGAAAAUAAUUUAUAAAAAUAAAGAAAAAGUUAGGCUUAUUGACUAAUAUAUUAGAAAUAUGACAAUAAUAGAUGAUGCUUUUAAUUAAAUCAAAGAAACUACUGGUAUAACAGAUAUAGUCGAAAUUUAAAAUACAUUUAUCAAAUCUGAAGAGCAAAACUAUUCAUUACUAACUUAUGUAGAUGUCUUAAAUCAAUAAAUCGACCAUAUGAAAGACUAAAAUAAUGAAAUUAGUUAAAAGAUAGAAGAGUAAGAAAAAGAAAAUGUAGACAAGAAGAGAGUUUUGCUUUCAACACCUGAUGAUGAAAAAUUUAGAAAAAAAGUUGAAAGUAUGUUAAAAGUUAAGUAAAACAGUGCAAAUGAAUUUUAAUCUUUUUUAGAUAAGAUAUGUCCAUAAUUAGAAAAACUGCUAGUAAGAUUUGCUGGUAGCAAAUUCAAUGUAAUCGAUUCAAAGAAGGAAUUUGAAUUUUAAAAUGGAUUAAUUUUAAAUGAGAGCACCCUUGACUAUUAUCUAUCUGAUCUUGAAUCGUUUAUCACUGAAUAGCUUUUAUACUUAGCUAAGAAAAAUGACCUACCAGUCAUAUUGACCAGUACACUGCAAACUGAUGAAAUACCAGUUAAAGAAUUCAAACAAAAAAUAACACAAAGUGUUAACUACAACCCUAACAAAGAUUAAACUUUGGACGAAUAGGAAGUUCAUUCUACUUUGAUGAAUAAGAAUAAAUUCACUAAAAUAGCAGAAGACUUUUUAGAUAAAAAAAAGUAGAAUCACCAUAUUCCUAGCUAAAAUUAAAGAUCAUAAAAAAAGCAAUGA